GGGGGCGCGUGCGCGGUGGGUUCUGCUCGGCGCGUGCGCGGCUACGCAAUGCGGGUGGUCGUGGGUGGUGGGACAGGCUUCGUGGGCAGAGCCCUGACCCAGCUGCUGCGGAGCCGAGGGCACCAAGUGACCCAUGUGUCGCGACGAGGGGGCACGGAUCGGAUCACCUGGGAGGAGCUGUCCCGCUCUGGGCUGCCCCCGUGCGAAGCUGUGGUCAACUUGGCUGGGGAAAAUGUCCUCAACCCUCUCCGCAGAUGGGGUGAUGCCUUCUGCAGGGAGGUCAUCAGCAGCCGGGUGGAGACCACGAAGAGCUUGGCCAAAGCCAUUGCUGCUGCUGAACAGCCACCCCGUGCCUGGGUCCUCGUCACUGGCGUAGGUUAUUACCGCCCCAGCCCCACAGCUGAGUACACUGAGGACAGUCCAGGAGGGGAUUUUGACUUCUUCUCACGCCUGGUGAGCUCGUGGGAGGCUGCAGCUCUCAUCCCUGGGGGCCCAACUCGCGGCGUUGUGGUGAGAUCAGGUGUAGUGCUGGGUCGAGAUGGUGGUGCGAUCUCUCAGAUGCUCUUGCCUUUCCGUCUGGGGCUUGGAGGCCCCAUGGGCUCCGGCCUGCAGCCCUUCCCAUGGAUCCACGUUCAGGACCUGGCUGGGAUUGUGUGUCACGCCCUGGAGAAGGAGUCUGUGCAAGGCAUCCUCAACGGGGUUGCCCCUUCCUCCGCCGGCACCUCCAACGCCGCCUUUGCGCGGGAGCUGGCGGCGGCGCUGGGGCGCCCGGCGCUGCUGCCGGUGCCCGCCUGGGCCGUGCGCGCCGCCUUCGGGCCCGAGCGGGCGGCCAUGCUGCUGGAGGGACAGAGGGUGCUGCCCCGGCGCACCCUGCAGAGCGGCUACUGCUUCACCUUCCCGGAGCUGCCUGCAGCUCUCAAGGACAUCGUGGCCUGAGGCCUCCCCGCGUGGGCUGGCCCUGUUUGUGUGAGCUCACGUGCCUUCCCAUGCAGGAGGGGAGCCCUGCCCCUUGGCACUGUACAGAAAGGGUGAGCAGUCAUUUCCCUGUGUAUCUCCCUGUGUGCAUCCCCAGUUUAGGAAUCAUCCCUCUUCCUGCAGGCUGAAUCUUGGCUUUACCUGCAUUUGGGGAAGGGCAUGAGCCCCUCAAAGGAUGGUGACUGUGGAAUUGCCCAUCUUCCCUUUUGCAUGGUGUGUGUGUGAACCGCUGGCAAAGCAGCUGGGGGUGUAAUGUCUUCUCUCCUGGGAGAUGUGGCAGCAGGAAACAGGUCCUAAUGCUGUUGUGAUCCUUCCAUGGUACUGGAAGUCACCCUUCCUGGUUUUCCCCAAGAUGACACAGGCAAAGCAGAAGAGUCUAAGUCUCUUUCUUGGUCGUGGUGCUGUGGGAGAAGAUCCAUCUUAGGCUGCUGAAUACAGAUUUCUUGGAGACUGUGCCCGCUCUUUUCUUGGCUGGUACCAAGCUGAUGUAUCAGUACCUUCAGCUGAGUCUAGUCCAAAGGGUUACACCCUUCCAGGGUUCCACACCCCUUGUGCUGUGGCAGGGAUGAGGCAGAAACUGCUUUGCCAGCCUGCAGGGGAAAGGGUGACAAUCAGACUGUGGCCCCUGGACUGCUCUGCCUUGGCUAAGUGCCCAUUACAUCCAAGCUUCAGCUCAGGAAAGCUGGGUGGUACACCAUUGUGUGAGGCAGUGCAAGUCACAGCUUUAGUCUAAAGGAGCAUUUCAGCUAUUGCCCUCAUUGUGCUUACUCAGACCAGGGUGGAUUUCUUUUAUUGAUCCCCUGAGGUGGUGCUUGUGUUCAGGGUGUUCCCCUGACUGGGCACUGAGAAUAUCCUGGUCUGCCUUGGGAAGUAGUACUUCUUCCCUGCUAAAGCAGAUUGCAAUUUCAUCACCUCACAGGGGCAGGAAAUGCAUGCACAUGUUGGCCCCAGCCAGGGGACACAGGACACAGGUGACACACAGGCACCAUGGCAGACUCCUGUGACACCCUCAGGGUUCACAAGGACGUGCACACUCAUGAAUCCUUUCAGCACUACUGUGACCCCUCUAUCCGCACCCCUCUGACCCAUCCCACAGGUCCCCUCCUUGCAGCUGCUCCAGCUUGACACACCAAAGACUCAGCAUCACUCAGAUGCUCAUCCCAGAGGCACACUGCACUCGCAGGUGUCUCCAGGUACCAACAUGGAUCCCUUGCCCUCCUGAUAACCCUGCCCAUACCUGGAAUCCCCUGCUUGCCAGCUGCUCUGAAUUACUGCUGCUGGAUACACACCUGCACACCUGGUUUGUGGGAGGUACACAGUUACCUCCCCCAGAAUCAGCACACAUACUGGGGGUGGCUGUCCUGGCUCAUGCUUGCCUCCCCAGCAGCUGCUCUCAUGGACACUCUUGUGCUCUUGUGGAAGUAUUCCUGCCUCAGUGGUGGUAGGGUGAGUUCCCACUGGCUCCAGGAGCUGCUACCACGGGCUGGGGCUCUGCUCUCCCUAUGCCUGUGCCUGAUUUCAGGGACUGGCCCCAAAUCUGCACAUGCUGGCUGCUCACUAGCUGGCACUUGGUCCUUGCAGCAUGCAGAUGGGACCCUGGGAGGUUGCACACAGAGUUACAGAAAGAUUAAAUAAGCCAGGACUGUGGUCAAGUGUGGAGCUCAGCCAGCCCAGCACUGACUGGCCCAGGUUUACACCCAGCCAGCCUCUUACAGUACUUUUCUGUCUAACCCCUCUUGGCUGCUCCCUGUCCCAGCAUAGUUCUUCAACAGCUGUCAUCCCACAGCCUCCAUCCAAUAUCCUGGACACGGAGCUUUGCAUCCUAUAGCUUCUUGAGAGCUCACCAGCUGGUGUGAAUGAUGCCAUUUGCUUCUGGUUAUUUGCCUUGUUAACACUAAUUAGUCAGGUUUUAUGACUGUAUCUCCUGUUACUUCCCUACUGUAAAAAUAAAUGUUCUCAGCCUCGCA